CGCACAGUGACAGACUCGCAGACUCACAGUCACAGUACACAGAGUCACAAGCGACGGAGUGAAUUAUCUUCGUUCACGCAUCGCAUCGAACGGUCAGAGAGCUGAGACCUUUCCAACUUCCCAAUACAGCCAAGUGUCAAUAUUCACGUCCCACUCUCGUUAUGAUCCGAAUUACACCGUAGAGUAGCAAUUAUAGUACAUUCUACACUACCAUAUAUCGGAUCGGGGCGGUUGUGGUUUACUAGUAUUCCCUGGAGGUAUACGCUUACGGUCAAAGAAUUAAGAUGCAGGACGCUGGGGUUGACGGUGCACGUAGGGAUAGGGGGAGCACAAACAACACCAGUAGCCAUGGCAACGAGUCGGACCAAGCAUCGACGCUACCUGGUUCUGUAAAACCAGACGCAGACAUACAGGAGUAUUCAGAUGCACAAACGGAUCCCAGUGGAGCUACGGAUGAAGAUAAUAAUAGGAGUGUAAAGCAAGGUACUAAUAAGAGUGUAAAGGAUAACACAGAUGCCGAGCUCGAAUCAACUUCCGAGCCCGUUCUCGAGCAAGCGAAUACACUUGUAAGUCCCUACAAGCUAGUGAUGUUCAAUCCCCUGACCGAGUACAAGACUAUGCUCACAUCCAGCACAGCCAUCACUAUCUUCGGCCUCACCUUUGCACUGUGGGCCAUUGCGGGCGGCUGGUGGGUAUUUCUGGCCGUGUGUACGUUCGCGUUCUUCUUGGCAGGGUUGGAACUGGGAGCGGAACAACAAAAAGGUGGUACAACUCGG